CGUGCCGCCGGCGGCGUCUGGUUCCCGGAGCCGGGUGUGGGUACGGGCCGGGGCGCUCCGCUGUGUACUCACCAGCCCGUCUGCCGCCGGUGGGUGGGCACGCGCCCACCGCACGGUGACAGAGGUCCCACGAGUGUACCGCGGGCCGGCGUGGUGAGCGGAGCUCGCGGACGGCGCAGAGCAGCUGCAAGGAGGCUGUGAGCUCAGUCAGACCGGCGCCGGCACCUCAGUGUGUGAGGACAGAUUCAGCACGAAGGCACUAUCGGCAUACAUCCACCGGCGGAGCAGUAGCACUCGUACCUGCAGGGUCGGAAGACAACGAGACAAAUGAAAUGGCUCAAAAUAACAACCUAAUUAAAGGCCUCUGAAUACAGCUCACUCAACGGUAUUGUCUGUUUCCCUAGCAAACUGAGGCUUCUACAUACUGCUCGUAUUGAAUUGAGUGGCGAAAACCUUCACAAAGCUUUCAAAUCCACAUUAAGUGAUAUCCGGUUGCACUGCAUCAAGUUGAUGAGCAUUCAAAAGUGAUUACGGAGCGUUGCGUAGUGCCUAUUGUGGCACAUCCUGAGCGCACGUGACCCGAGUUCGGGCGGCACGUUUCCGGAUUACAGCGCACCCGAUCACACGGCCCGCAGCGAUGUGUCGGACGCUGGCGGCGGCCGUGGCGCUGCUGCAGCUGGCACCGGCGGCUCUGGCGGCCUUCACACUCUCCGUGAGUCCGUCCUCGCUGCAGCAGGUGCCCAGCCACACCACCAGCGUGCUCAACUUCACCCUGGGUUGGGAGCCUGGUGAGGGUGAGCCGGCCGAGCCGCCGCUGGAUGCCGCAGACCUGGUGGCCGUCUCGCUGGUGCCCGAGGUCGAGUGGCGCACAUGGAUGGUGCCCGACUCGUGGACACUCAGCCCGCAGGAUGUGCGCUCCGGCCGCACCCAGUCGGUGGAGGUCACCGGACAGUACUUGGGACACGACUCCAUCACGCCGCGGGCCUGGAUCAUCGCGGCUAACCAGUCGACCAGCGCGAUAUGGCUCGACAUGCUCUCCAACAGCUCCACCGUGCACGUCAGCUUCGUCCGCGAGGACAGCGCCAAGGACUACGCCUUUUACGGCAUCCUGAUGGUGAUGACGCUCGGCAGCAACCUCAACAUGGGCAUGCAGCUCGAGUUCGAGGCCAUCAAGCAGUCGCUACUGAAGCCGGUCGGCCCGCUCACCGGCUUCCUGGCGCAGUUCCUUAUCAUGCCGCUGAGCUCGUACGCGGUGGCGACGCUGGGUUUCGAGCGCUACCCGCUCUACCAGCUGGGGUUGUUCACGCUGGGCACCUGCCCGGGCGGCGGCAACAGCAACCUGUGGGCGCUGCUGCUCGGCGCCGACGUCAACCUCAGCGUCACCAUGACGUUCGUCUCCACGCUGGCCGCCAUCGGUAUGAUGCCGCUGUGGAUGUUCACGCUGGGCCGUAAGAUCGCCUCCUCGGGCCACGACAUCCAGGUGCCGUACCAGGGCAUCGUGUCCUCCCUGCUCGUGCUGACGGCGCCCUCCGUCAUCGGCAUGGUGCUGCGCUGGUGGAAGCCGCACUGGAAAGAGUACUCGGACCGCUCCAUCCGGCCCAUGGUCGGCGUCCUGCUGGCCAUCUUCUGCACGGUGGGCAUCUGGCUGAAUCUGGAGCAGUUCUCGCUGCUCUCCCUCAACCAGUUCCUGAUGGGCAGCGCCGUGGUCCUGCUGGGCUUCUCGCUGGGCGGAGGACUGGCGCUGCUCUUCAGACGACCCGUCGCGCAGGUGGUCACUAUCAGUCUGGAGACGGGUCUGCAGAACGGCGGCCUGGCGCUCCUGCUGCUGAAGGCCUCGCUGCCGGCGCCGGACGGAGACGUCGCCACGCUGGCCGUCUACGCGCAGGUCAUCGCGCAGGGUCUGAUGCUGUGGCCCUGCCUGGCGGCGGUGAUAUACAUGCGCUGCCGCCGCCGCCGCGCCGGGCAGAAGGGAGAAGAGGAGGGGAAGGGAGGGGCAGCGAUGGAGGUGGCGGCAGUGGUGGGAAGGGGGCGCGACGGUCCCGCGGGGGAAGAGGGGGAGAGGAGAGCCCCGGAGUACAGAGGGGAGGAUAAUCCGGCGGUCUCUGUGGAUGACGAGGUGUCUGAAGAGAAGAAGAAAACGGUGACUGAGAACGGACGAGAGGCGGAGACCAAGGCAUGACAUGACAACACCGAGGUCCGUAUGAACUACAGCCAAACAUUCACUGUGGGGGACACGGGACAACGGAGGGAUGCUCCGCUUCUCAGCAAAGAAUCUCUAAGAAGAUCUGAACUCGUUCGACCAGCAUGCGAACGUUACUAAGUUUUACGUUUCCGAUCAUUCCAAGCCAGACGCUUAAAGGGACUAUCCCACCUUUAACAUGGGGUUUGAGUUGAGAUAGCUAAGUUUGCGGCGAGGUUCAGAAACCACUAUCUAUCUAGGUUGCAACCCCCGCGGCCUCUUGGUGUUGAAGAAAUUCGUUCCCUUCAUUUGAAAAUGGGCCUUGUACAAGGCCCUAUCUUCAACAUGGAGCGACCGUUAGUAUGACGUCACCUCGUUUAGUCAUUCUGAUUUAAAUGGGUUUGUUCGUUGAAAAAUCGCUUAAAACUUGGUCUGAACUUUGUUGUGGUGCCUACAGAGUAAAAAGGAUCAGCUUUAUGACAGUAAUGUGGCCUGGGGAAGGAGGUAAUUUUGGGCUGUGACGUCACAUAUUUGAAAGUUUGUGUUUGGAAUAUGGGAAGCCUAAGAUGUUUAUUGAAAAAUAAAUGCCAGAACCGUGUUCCUGGUCAUCCAAUCUAUAAAGUCGGGCACAAUUUAACUGGUUUUAACAACAUUUAAGAAGGUGGGAUAGUCCCUUUAAGAUCGUAGAAGUUCUGCUUUUUAUGAUGGCUGACCAAUGGUGAGGGAUUCAAUGAUUGUGUUAUGGGUUCGGUAUUGCUUCGUACUGACGGUAAAUUUGUUAGAAAUUAUCAUUCACACAUGUUCCACUUUCUAUUUCAACAUCAUCGUUCCUCACUAGCUGUCACAGCAGCUGUUCGUUCGUUUUUACAGGUGCUCGUGUUUAUCCGCGGGCUAAUCCUCAUUAAAGUCCUUCAUUAGACAGAUUAUCUACAACAAUUGGACGAUUCGAGGCUAGUGUUUCUACAAGAGAUUUACACACGCUUUAUCUACUUCAUAUCGUGUACGUACAUACUUGAGAGCCUUAUAACCCAUGCAACGCAACGCACGUAGCUAGAAACAUAGUGGUAUCAGCUCGUACCAAGUGCGAAAUGGACACGGUCGUUUUACUGAAUCGCCGCGUAAUGAAUGCAGUGUGUGGUAUACGUCUCUCGCAAGCUUUCGACAUGCCUUAAGCUAUUUCUUCGCCACAUAUGUUGAACAGAUUUGAGAAAUAACCAUUCUUGUGAAAACCUCAGGUUGUUUUAUAUGUUACAGUGCAAAGUGUGUUACCCCGCCUGACCAGCAAAAGAAUGAAAUACAUGCUGUUCUUCAAAAA